GUCUGGGUUUCUGUUUCAGCUUCCAGCCCGCUGUCACAAUACUUGGCCACUACUUUGUGCGCCGUCGUCCUUUUGUCAAUGCUAUGUCCUCCACUGGUACUGCUCUGGGUCUGUCUACAUUGCCCUUUUUAGGUGACUAUCUGCAGAGUACGCUGGGCUGGAGAGGGAGCUUUCUGGUACUCGGUGCUGUGCUGCUCAACUGCUGUGUUUGCGGAGCCAUUAUGAGACCGGUCAGGCCUCGCAAGCCCAGAAAGACAGAGGUGAUAAGCAACGGUCCCAGAACCCCAGGCAAAAAGGGAUGCAUGCUGGGGAUCUUUCAGAGUUUAGCAUCGUCCCUCAGAAAACACAUGGCCUUUGACCUCUUCUGUAGCAACCUGCGAUUUCGGGUGUUUUCACUGGGCAUCACUUGGAUGAUGCUGGGGUUUGUGGUGCCGCUUAUUUACCUGGUCCCGUACGCAUCAGCUCACAAAAUGGAUCCAAGCCGAGCUGCCCUGCUGCUCUCCAUCCUGGGCUUUGUCAACAUCAUUGUGCGGCCUCCCGCUGGAGUGCUCUUCAGUCUGCCCUGGUUUAAAGGUCGGCAUAUCUAUGUUUUCUCAGCCGCACUCCUAAUAAAUGGACUCAGUAAUAGUAUUUGCUGCAUUUCUGCAAGUUUCCCAGUGCUGUUAAUGUAUGUGCUGGCGUACGGACUGUCUAUGAGCGUGGUAGGCUCACUGAUGUUCACCGUCCUGAUGGACACGGUGGAGAUGAGUCGAUUCCCAUCUGCGCUCGGCCUGUUGUCUAUCAUGGAAAGCGUUACGCUCCUGAUAGGACCUCCUCUCGCAGGUAACUUGAAAACUUUGU